GUCAAUAGCCAUUCAAUGUACGGCAACGCACACCAAGAGAGUGCAACUUAGCGACAUGUGUGAGAGAUACUGCGUGAGAUCUUAACCAUUGAAUUCCUCCCUUCUUCAAAAUCAUAAAUCUUCUUCAAAAUCAUAAAUAUAAAUCUCAUUAGACUGAAGAGGAAGAAAAUCCCAAGAAAAAAAGAUAAGAAACUUCAGUUUCAAAGCAGUUUAGCAUCCAUGGCGGUUCGUAGAGUGUCUUCUCUAUUAUCACGAUCCUUUUCAACUUCCUCUCCCUUUCUCUCUCGUUCUCUAGGGAGAAAUUUGAAUAAUGGAAGUAGGAUCGUACGGAGAUUUGGAACAUCAUCUGCAGCUGAAGAAGUCAUAAGCCCAUCGGUUCAAGUUUCUUACACAAAGCUCCUCAUCGGGAACUUCGUUGACGCUGCUUCUGGUAAGACGUUCCCGACUCUUGACCCACGGACAGGGGAAGUCAUUGCGAACGUAGCUGAAGGGGAUGCUGAAGAUAUCAACCGGGCUGUGAAAGCUGCAAGGAAGGCCUUUGAUGAAGGACCUUGGCCUAAGAUGACUGCUUAUGAAAGGUCGAUGAUAAUGUUGAGAUUCGCUGAUUUGGUUGAGAAACACAGCGAAGAGCUCGCAGCUCUAGAGUCAUGGGACAAUGGGAAGACUUAUGAACAAGCAAUAACAGCAGAGAUUCCAAUGCUUGCCAGAUUGUUCCGCUACUACGCUGGGUGGGCGGACAAGAUUCAUGGGCUUACAGUUCCAGCUGAUGGAAACUAUCAUGUUCAGACACUGCAUGAACCCAUAGGAGUUGCUGGACAAAUCAUUCCCUGGAACUUUCCGCUUUUGAUGUUUGCUUGGAAAGUUGGUCCUGCUCUUGCUUGUGGCAACACCAUUGUCCUCAAAACCGCUGAACAAACUCCUCUCACUGCUUUCUACGUUGGCAAACUUUUCCUUGAAGCUGGUCUUCCUCCAGGUGUUCUGAAUAUAGUUUCUGGAUUCGGCGCAACCGCUGGUACUUCUCUUGCAAGUCACAUGGAUGUAGACAAGCUUGCUUUCACAGGAUCGACUGAUACGGGCAAAGUUAUACUUGGACUGGCUGCUAACAGCAAUCUAAAGCCGGUGACUCUGGAACUUGGAGGGAAAUCACCCUUCAUUGUAUUCGAAGAUGCUGAUAUCGAUAAAGCUGUGGAGCUUGCUCACUUUGCUCUCUUCUUUAAUCAGGGGCAAUGUUGCUGCGCGGGGUCUCGGACAUAUGUUCAUGAGAAAGUGUAUGAUGAGUUCGUUGAGAAAGCAAAGGCACGCGCACUAAAACGUGUCGUUGGUGAUCCUUUCAAGAAAGGCAUUGAACAGGGUCCUCAGAUCGAUUCAAAGCAAUUUGAGAAAGUUAUGAAGUACAUAAGGUCAGGAGUGGAAAGCAAUGCUACUCUUGAAUGUGGUGGUGGGCAGUUUGGCGACAAAGGUUACUUCAUCCAACCUACAGUCUUUUCUAAUGUUAAGGAUGACAUGCUUAUUGCUCAAGACGAGAUUUUCGGUCCAGUCCAAUCCAUCUUGAAGUUCAGUGAUGUUGAUGAGGUGAUAAGGAGGGCGAACAACACUAGAUACGGACUAGCCGCAGGGGUUUUCACAAAGAGCCUGGACACUGCAAACAGGGUCUCGAGGGCUUUGAAAGCUGGCACCGUUUGGGUCAACUGUUUCGAUGUCUUUGACGCAGCCAUCCCCUUUGGUGGUUACAAGAUGAGCGGCAACGGAAGAGAGAAAGGUAUUUACAGUCUCAACAACUACUUGCAGGUCAAGGCAGUCGUCACUCCGCUUAAUAACCCUGCAUGGAUCUGAUCUUUGUACUUUGUUUCGUCCUAAAUGCUCAAAAGUACUCUUAAAAGUUAAAACAAUAAAAACAGCGCCAAGGUUUGUUUACUUACUGGAUUGUGGGCACUUUUAAUAAAUGUGUAAGCAAGUUCUAGCUAUUGUUUUUUUCUUUCUCGCAUCACUUAGAGGUGUGUCUUUUCUGGUUAAUUAAUAUAUUUUUUAUUUUUCUUGAGUGGAAUGUAAAAUUUAUUGAAAAUGACAAAAAACUUCUUUUGUGUUUGCAA